AUGCACAGAGUAGGUGGACAAGUGGCGAGGGCCGCCGCAAGGGCCACGCAGCAGCAACGCACGAUGGCCGCAGCCGCCCCGGCGGCUCCCAAAAAAGUCGAAGUGUUCAUCGACGGCAAGAAGCUGCUCUGCGACCCCGGAAUGACCAUUUUGCAAGUAAUUUUCCGAGGAAAAAGCCAAAAAUCGAGAUUUAUUCAAGGCCUGUUUAUUGGUCGGCGUGGAAAUCCCCCGAUUCUGCUACCACGACCGCCUCUCCAUUGCGGGAAACUGUCGGAUGUGCCUCGUCGAGGUCGAGAAAAGCAUCAAGGUGAGUUUUUUUAAAAAAAGCAUCAGUGUUUUUUUGGGGGUUUUGGGAAAAAAAGCAUCAAGGUGAGUUUUUUUGGGGGUGGGGGUACUUGGGAAAAAAAUGGAAAAAAAAACAUCAGUGUUUUUUUGGGGGUGCUGUGGAAGAAUGGAAAAAGCAUCCUUGUUUUUUUGUGCGGGGGAAGAAUAGAGGGAACUUGAGAAAAAAAUGGAAAAAAAGCAUCAAGGUGGGUUUUUUUGGUAGGGGGAAGGGGUUUGUGGAAAAAAAAAGCAUCAAGGUGGGUUUUUUGGUGGGGGAGGGGGAACUUGGGAAAAAAAUAGAAAAAAAGAGCAUCAAGGUGGAUCUUUGGAUGGAAAAUAGAGAAUUUUUGUGAAAAAAAUAAGAAAAGGAUGGAAAAAAAUACAAUCAAAACAGGUUUUUCGGAUGGAAAAAUAGGUGGAUUUUAGGAAAAAUGAGGAAAAUUCGGUUUUUUUCAAGCUUAAAAAUCGCCAUUUUUUUCUGUAAAAUCCUCAAAAUCAUACUGUUUUGUUGACGAGUUUAUUGAUAGUAAAGUGCGGAACUUUCCAGAAUUCAAUGUCAUUUUUUUCUGAAAACCAUAAAAUCUCACUUUUCUCUAUCAAAAUUUCAAAAAUUUAGUUCGAAAAAGUUUUUUUGAUGUAUAAAUUCCUACACGUGGAAGAUAAAAUUUCAAUUUUUUUAGUUUUCAAGGUUUUUCCUGUACCAAAUAGAAAAAAAGUUUUCGAUUUUGACGCUAUGAAAAAAAUGAAAUUUUUCUGUUUUUUUCGCAUGAUGGUUCGCAUUUUUCAUGGUCCCACAACGGAAAUAUAUAAAAGUUUUUUUUCGUUAUUAUUUCCAAAAAAAGAUAAACGUAAGAUUUAUUAUAAGUAAUACCGACCAGGGAAUGUUACGUUUCGCUCCAAAAUUAUGAGAAAUGAAUUUUUUCUUUUGACGAUUACGUUCCUUUCUAUUCGUUUGCUACUUUUAGACAUAUGAAAAAAAAAUGGAGCUUUUUCAUUUUCUCAAGUUUUUGACCUUGAUUUGGGUUGUUUUCCAAGCUUUGAAAAUUUAUUUCUUCCGAAAAAAGCUUUAAAUGAUGGUAUAUUACAUAGGCAAAGCCGGAAAGGGUGGAAAAAGCUCUGUAGAAAUGUUCCUUUUAGGGUGAAAAAGGCUUCUUUUUUGCUGCCUUUUUGCGCCCUUUUUAUCGGCUUUUUGCACCAUUUUUUUGCUGCCUUUUUUUCCACCAUUUCUCGAGCCUUCAAAAUUCCCAGAAAAAAAUAGAAGGCUCUUAAAUGGGACUCAUUUUUGCUGCCUUUUUGCUGCCCUUUUGCGGCUUUUUGCUGCCUUUUUUUGAGCCUCUCCCUUUUAGCGGCUAUUUCAUCCCCCAUUCCGACUUUGCCGUAAAAGUUAAAAAAAUUCAAAAAUUUUUCGAUCAAAAUUUCGUCCUUUAUAUUUUUUUGGUCAGGCGUUUUUUCCAUGUCAUAUUUGCAUAUUUUUUUCACGUAAAUUACUAUGAAAAUAAUGAUCCUUUGAGGAUAUGAAAAAGUGGUUCGAAGCUGGCCCCUCUGCGGGGGAUCCUCGAAGAAACUCCCCCCCCCCUUUCUACCUAUGAAGCUACUAUUACGAUUUUGUUUUUUUCCACCAAAAAGUUCCAAUUAUUAUUUUUUUAUUACAAAGAAAAAAAGUGAAUAAUUGGCAAUUUUUUUCAAGCCGGUCGCCUCGUGUGCCAUGCCGGUGAUGAACGGCAUGAAGGUCAAAACCGACUCGGACUUUGUGAAGAAGGCCCGCGAAGGCGUCAUGGAGUUCCUCCUGACCAACCAUCCCCUGGAUUGCCCCAUCUGUGAUCAGGUAAGGAAAUACCGUGGAAUCGCGAAAAAUGGUUAAAAUUAGUUAGAAUAUCGUUAGAAGAAGCUGAAUUUUUCUAAUAAUAAAAUCCAGAAAGUUCAAUUUUUCUUGUUAUGAGGUAAAAAUGCAUUUUUUCUAGUCUGCAAUCUCUGAAAUUUGCUAAUUUUUAUAGAAGAAACCGUUUUUCUGGUUUUUUUCGAUGGUUUUUUUCUGUGAGUUUCAGGUAGGAUUUCUUAGAAAUAUAGAAAAUUUUUCCCUGGUAUAAUCCAUUUUUUUAUUGACUUGAAAUUCAUUUGCAACGCGGUCGCGGCGCGUUUUUUUCGAUUUUUUUGAAUUUUUAAGGAAAAUCGUCUUCCUUCACAUGAUAAAAAAAAUGAUGCCAAAGCAACAUUUUUUUGAAAAUUAUAUCUCUUGAAAAAGAAAAAAUCAAAAAAAUGCGAAAUUUUCUUGACCGCUUUGCAUGUAGAGCUUGCGCCAAUUUUCCCUCGUUUUUUUAUUUUUUUUCCGCAAAAAUUGGAGUAAAUUUCGUUUCGAGACCCUUUUCGAAAAGAAAUAACGAAAAGCCCAAAAUUUGUUGAUUACGGUAGCUUUUUUUCUGCUGUGUUUUCGACUGUCUCGCAAGGAGUACGGUAUACAAACUGUAGCCGGCUGUUUAAAGCCAAGACAUAUAGUUAAAAUGAUCCAGAAGUUCUAGUUUGAGCAUCAUGAGCUUCAGGGAGGCGAAUGCGAUCUCCAAGACCAGGCGAUGACCCACGGUAGCGACCGCGGGCGUCUCCAGUCCCGUUACGAUGGAAAAAGGUCAAAAAAUCGAUCGGAAAAAAUCAAUAAAGUAUCGAUUUUCAGAGCCGUCGAGGACAAAAAUAUCGGUCCCCUUGUGAAAACCGUCAUGACCCGGUGUAUCCAGUGCACUCGAUGUGUCCGAUUCGCCAAUGAGGUUUGAAGGGGUCACUUUAGGGGCACCUCGAGGGACCACCUUACAAGUUUGAUGAAGGUUUGAAGGGGUCACUUUAGGGGCUCUUGUAGGUUCCCCUCUAGGGAGCUCCUUACUAGUUUGAUGAAGGUUUGAAGGGGCCACUUUAGGAGUUAGUUUUAGGUUCCCCUCUAGGGACCACUCUACAAGUUUGCUGAAGGUUUGAAGGGGCCACCUUAGGGGCUCUUGUAGGUUCCCCUCUAGGGACUACCCUACAAGUUUUCUGGAGGUUUGAAGGGGUCACUUCAGGGGCUCUUGGAGGUUCCCCUCUAGGGACCACCUUACAAGUUUGCUGACGUGGUCACUUUAGGGGUGUAUUUGAGUAGACCCUACACGUCUUUUUAACAUUAAAACCAGAAAAAGGAAAAAUUAAAAGACCCCUUUAGGGACCACUUCAGAGCUUUUUUCCGGAAACACUUCCAUUGAAACGAUUUACAGAUUUUUGAGAAUUUUUCAACACUUUACGGUUUCAUAGUCUCUGUAAAAAAAGAUUUAUCGACAGGAGCAGAUAAUUUAGCAUAGUCGUUGCAUGCUACUCUAAAUAAGUUGAGGCGCUUAAAAUCAUAGUUUUCUUUAAAAUGCGGUCAAUUUUAACGUUGGAAGUUUCAAAGUUUCGAAAAUUGCCUCCAUUUUGUCAGUUAUCUAGACAAAAUGCCAGAAUUUUGGCUCGAAAAAAAUUCCUCAUCCAAAAUUUUUGAUAUAUUCAAAGUGAUGAAGAAAAUGAAUGUUUCAGGUCGCCGAUUUUCCGGAUUUCGGAACGACCGGAAGAGGUUCCGAUAUGCAAAUCGGAACCUACGUCGAGAAAUUCUUCGCCUCGGAAUUGUCCGGAAAUAUCAUCGAUAUCUGCCCGGUCGGCGCCCUCACCAACAAACAAUACGCGUUAGUUGAUAUUCUGGGGAAAGUCGGAAUUGUGGAAAAUGGAAAAAAAAAGGGAGAGGCUUAAAAAGAGCUGCAAAACGGCAGCAAAAAAGGCUGCAAAAUGGCUGCAAAAAGGCCACAAAAAGGCAGCAAAACGGUUACAAAAAGGUCGCAAAAAGGCCGCAAAAGAGCAGCAAAAAGGCUGCAAAAAUACAGCAAAAAGGUUGCAAAAAGAAAAAGUUGCAAAAAGGUCGCUAAAAGGCUACAAAAAGGCUUCAAAAAGGCGGCAAAAAUGACCUCGAAAAGGCCGCAAAAAGGCGGGAAAAAAGCAGCGAAAAGGCUGCAAAAAGGCUUCAAAAUGGCAGCAGAAAGGCUUCAAAAAGGCAGCAAAACGGCAGCAAAAAAGGUAGCUAAAAGGCAGCAAAAAGGUAGCAAAAAGGGAACCUUUCUGAAGCCUUUUUCCACCCUUUCCGACUUUGCCCAUGAUCUUUCGGAAAUCGAUGACUUCCCCGUUUCAGCUUCACGGCGAGACCCUGGGAAACGCGCAAAACGGAGAGCGUCGACGUCAUGGACGCCGCCGGAUCCAACAUCGUCCUGACCCAUCGAACCGGCGAACUUCUGAGGGUCAUCCCCAAGAUCAAUGAUGUUGGUGGUUUGUUGAAGCAGGAAAGUUAGCCAGAACAGCAAAAAGAAAUGAAGGGAGCCUCAAAAAUCAAUCAUUUUUAGCUUUUUUAAUACUGGAAAGAACUUUCUCAAUCCCGUAGACAUUUCUGAGCCUCUCUAAUGACCAUUUUAGUGGCGUGAGCUUUAUAAAGUUCUAGAGAUCGCUUUAGCAACGUCAGAACUCUUAAAAAGUUCUAGGGACAACUGUAGUGGUGCCAGAACCUUUAAGUGAUCCCUAGAAUUUCUCAGAAAUGUUUGCGAUUUUUUAUCGCGGUCAGAACCCUUAAGUGAUCUUAGGAAUCGCUCAAAACGCCCGAAAAAUCAAAAAAACUAAAAAGGAGAUUUUUUGGUAAGGGAGAAAAUGUGAUUUCAAAAAACCGAAAAGAAAGUUUAGGUUCAGCAAAAAACUGCUGAAAUUUAAAUUAAACUCAUAUUUGAGUCUCCCGUUUCACACUCAUUUUGCGCCAACCAUGAAAAAAAGUUCAUUUUUUGAACCUUUCCAAAAAAAAAAACCAAAGUUUGUAUAUUUUUGUGAUAACUCCAAUUUUUUAACAUCUGGAGAUUUUGACGAAAAGUUGUUUUUCUUAAGGACAUUAAUGAAGAAUGGAUCGGAGACCAGUCCCGUUUCGCCAUCGACGCUUUGAAAGUUCAGCGACUUUUGACGCCGUUUGUUCGUGGAGCUGAUGGACAGUUGAAGUGAGGCGGAAAAAAAAAAUCAAAAAAAAAACACCUUAAAGCCUAAAAAACGACAAAAUUCGCUUUGCAUCGCAUUUUUUUCAGUAAAAAAAAAAUGAAUUUGACCCCUUUUUCACCAUUUUUCACUAUUCUUCCAUUUGCAAUGAAAUUUUCUGGCCUAAAAAUGGUUGAGUUUUGAAAAAUCAGAAUGAAAAAGAUAACUGAAUUUUUGAAGGGUCAGAGAUAAUUCCGAAUUUCGAAGUUACUUUGAAAAGAGUGUAAAAAAUGAACGUAAAGAUGGAUGGAAAAAAAAAAUGGCUCACACGUUUUUUUUUCCCGUCGGUUUACUGUUUCAGAGAAUGUUAAUGAAACUCGUGAAUGAAUAAGAAAUAUAUUCAGAAUGUAGUGCCGUGUUCAAAGUAAUUUCCGCGAAAUGCAAAAUGAUCUCUGAUUCUCCAAAGUUUAGUGAUCUUUUCCUUUCUCUAACGGGUAUUUUGCAUUUCGCAGAAAUUACUUUGAACACGGCAUAGAAAAAAUUGAUUCUUUUCUGAAAUCUUGAUUUCGCGGGAAAAGUGAUUUACGUGAAAUACAAAAUAGCUUUAAAUUUUGACCAAAAUUUCUCAGAUUUUGAGGUUUUUUAUAGACUUUGAUCACAGCGAACAACAUUUAUCGAAGAUUUCAUGAAAAGGGCAAAAUAAGAACAAAACUCGAAACCGUGAAAUACGUUAAAAUCAAAAAAUUCACGACAAAAGCGAAAGAACAACGUCGCAUGAAGAGACGCCAGAGAAAUGAGGCUUUUCUAGCUUCUCUGACGUCUCUUCAGGUUCUCUAAUUUAUCGUCUGGAUUAUUUAGCCUCAUAAAUGAGGUUGUAACCGUUAUAUGAAAAAAAAAAACUCGAAAAAACCUGAUUUUUCAUUCGUGACACUAUAAAUUCUAAAGCGUUGGCGGUAUUUCCAAUUUUUCUAGCCUUAUUGAAAAAUUUUUUUAUUCACCCUAAGUUUGGAAAUGUGUGAAAACCGAAAAUUUUACGAGAAAGCGAAAGAACAACGUCGCAUGAAGAGACGCUAGAGAAAUGAGGCUUUUCUCGCUUCUCUGACGUCUCUUCAGGUCCUCUAAUCUAUCGUCUGAAUUUUUCCAAUCUUGAAAAGUAAAAAUUUCGUUUUCAAAGUUAUUUCAUGCAAAAUUAUCUCUGACCCUCCAAAUUUUAGUUAUCUUUUUCUUUCUCUGACGGCUUUUUUAAGUUUCACUGAAUCGCUUUGAACACAUUGAAAAUUUCCCAAAAAAUGGCUAGAUCCUUUUUUCAUGCACCAGAGGAAGAUCUUCAAAGUUUCAACGUGCAAGACCUUCUAAAUUUUGAAAAAAAGUCAAAGAAAUCCCUCAAAAAUGGGCCAAUUUUGGGGUUUCGAGCCCUUAUUUCUCGAAAACUAGGCUGUCGCCGCCCAUGUAUGAACACGGCAUUCCAGCACCUUUUUUAGAGCUAUUUUCUGCAUAUCAGAAGUCAAAAAGUUGCUCAGAACAUUUCAAAAUUGAAGGCCCGCCUCCUGGGAAGAAGCCCUUUUCACAGUCGCCGCGAAAAUGCGAGAAACCCCCGCCGAGCUGAAAGCCGCCGUUGUUGGAGGCCUCACUGACGUCGGUAAGUUUCCGAAAAACCCCCAGAAGAACCCCAAAAAAUGACGUCUUCUUCCAGAGACCAUGGUCGCCCUGAAAGAUCUCUUCAACCGGUUCAACAGCGAAAACGUCAUGACCGAGGAGGAGUACCCCGAAACGAGCGGUGGAGCGGACUUGAGGUACUUAGAGACGCCAGAGGGGUCACUAGAGGGGUUAGGGGGGAAACAGACCUUAUAUGGACAAAUGAGGGCUCCCUAGAGGGGCAAGACUUGAGUGGUCCUUAUAGGAGCUCGCUUAAGGAGACUAGAGUGGUCACUAAAGGUUUAGGGAGAAAACAGGCCUUAUAUGGAUAAAAUAGGGCUCCCUAGAGAAGUGAAAUUCAAGUGGCCUUUUCAGGAGCUUACUUAGUUGUCCCUAGAGGAUUUAGGAGAGAAAAUAUGCCUUAUAGGGACAAAUGAGGGACCCUGGGAGAGGUAAGACUCAAGUGGUCCCAAUAGGACCCUUAAAAGCUUCAGAGGGGUCACUAGAGGGAUUAGGGAGAAAACAGCCCUUACAGGGACAAAAUGAGGUUCCCUAGAGCAGUGAAUAUGAAUUGGUCCUUAUAGGAGCUCACUUAGGAACGACAGAGGGGUCCCUAGAGGGGUUAGGGAGAAAACAGACCUUAUAGUGACGCAUAUGGGAUCUUAGGAUGGGUAAGACUUAGGUGGUCCCUAUAGGAGUUUAGAGUCUAUGACUUUAAUGUUACAAACAGGAUCGAUGACUCCUCUGUUGAUAUUUUUUUCAUUCUAAUAAUGCUAAUUGCACCCCUAGAGGGACCACUUUUAGACGCUCUAGUUCCUCUAUAAGGUAAAUAAUGUGGUGGUCCCUAGAGGGGAACCUCCAAUGGUCACUAAAGGAACCACUCUAGAGCCCUUAAGGUAGAAAUUUCGAACGUUUUUAAGGUCGAACUACACAUUCAACGACACGAUUUCCGCCGUGGAAUCGUCGGAUGCCCUUCUUUUGGUCGGUACGAAUCCCCGUUUCGAGGCGCCCACCAUCAAUGCGAGAAUCAGGAAAACGUCCGUCUUUUAUUAACGCAAAGAGCGAGAAGAAAAAAAUGGUCUGAAUAGCGCCAAAAAUGACCGAAAAAUCGCAAUUUUCGAAGCAAAUUUGUAUGUUUUUGUACCAUUUAUGGGAUCUUUUGGCUCAAAAUUCAUUUUCAUGAAAGUUUAAUAACAUUUUUGAGCCAAUAUUUGUGUUAUUAAUUGGAAAAAGUGCGUCUAGUGGUCCGAUAAGUGAAUUUCGAUCCAAAAAAAACGCAACUUUUGUAGCAAAUUUGAGUAUUUUAGCACCUUUUUUGAAGUCUUUUUGGGUCGAAAUUCGAUUUGACAGGCGUUUUGAUUUAAACUUGAUGACUUUUUCGUUUUUUUUUUUAAAUGUUGGAAUGUCAGUUUCAGAAUUAAAAUCAAAAACACCCCAAAAUACUCCACUUCUAUUCCAGUUUCCUCUACUCGGACAUCCAAAUCGGCGUGAUUGGAGCCCAGACGAACCUGACCUACGAAUACGACUACCUCGGCUCGACGUCCAAGGCCAUCGACGACCUUUUGGCGGGCAAAGGCGACUUCGCCAAGACGCUGAGCAACGCCAAGAACCCCAUGAUCAUCGUCGGCGCCGAGGCUCUCCAGGGCGAAGGCGGCGCGGCUGUCCUCGCCAAGCUCCAGCAAUUGGUAAGCAUGGUUUUCACGGGCGCAGAGACCGGGAGAAAAAAGGGAGGUAAACGGGAAUAAAUCGGGCGUUUGACAUCUCCACUCUCGAUCUCUCGGUGUUCAUGCGACGCCGCCAGGGUAUGAGUAGGUAUGCGGAGAGUUGGCGGGAGGUAAACGGGAACAAAUCGGGAAGAAAACGGGCGCUUGCCAUUUACACCCGGGGACUGUCCGACUUCUUUCGACAUUUCCAGUGUUUGAGUAGGUCUUCGGGAGGCAAAUGGGACGAAAUCGGGCGCUGCCAUCUAAACCCGCUAACUUUCCGUGCUCAUGCUGCACCGCCAGUGUAUGGUCUACGGAGAAUUGGCGGGAGGUAAACGAGACAAAAUAGGUAAAAAACCGAUCUUCGCCAUAUAAACCCCCCGAACGGCCCCGUGUCUGAAGGCAGACUCAGCCAAAGCAAGAGUAAGUGCGCGGGCGCCGACGGGAGGUAAGCGGGAAGAAGUCGGUAAAAAAAACUGGGCGUUGUCAUCUACACCCGCGGACGGUCCCACUUUCUUCUCGUGGAAAAACUCUGUCAGUGUGUAUGCGUAGACUCGCGGGAAGCCCACGGGAGAUAAACGGGAGGAUAUCGGAAGAAAGGGGCGUUCGCCAUCUACAACCGCUGACAGUUCGUCGGCGUUUGAGGGCAGGCUCAGCCAAUGUUAGAAAGAGUGCGCGGGAACCGACGGAAGGUAAGCGGGACGAAAUCGGUAAAAAACCGGGCGUUGCCAUCUAAACACGCGGACGGCCCCCUGUUCUUGCCGUUGAGAGGCCCCGUCGAUGUGUAGGCGUAGGUCCGCGGAAGCCCAUGGGAGGUAAACGGGAUGACAUCGGUAAGAAAACGGGCCUGUGCCAUAUAAACGCUCCGGACAGUUCCGUGUUUGAUCGCAGACUCAGCCAAUGAAGAGCAAGUGCGCGGGAAGUCCAUGGGAAGUAAACGGGCUGAGUCCGGUAAAAAAGGGGGCGUUCUUCAGUCUGAUAAUCAUUAUAAUUCUUCCAUUCAGCAAAAUUGGAUUUCUGAAUGUUGCGUUUCAGAGCACCAAGCUGUCCAAGGACAAGAAUUCCAAGGUUCUGAACGUCCUCCAACGGUGGGCCGGCAUGACUGGCGCCUUGGACAUCGGCUACAAAGUAUUGAUUUUAUCGAUUUUUUGCAAAUUUGUCUCGUUUGUAAAGGAUAGUUUUCAAUUUUUCGUGUUAAGCGUUCAUUUCCACCUUUUCAUGCUAUUUUAGGUUGUCAUUUUUCUGAUUUUGAGCGAUUUUUUUCAGUUUUUAAGGUUAUUUUGAGCCUUAUUUUCGAUUCUUAAUAACACUUUAGACCGUAAUUUAAAAUUUCCUCUGAAUUUCCGUGUUAUUUUAAGUCUUUUACAGUUUUCCAUGUCAUAAUAGGCACUCUUUUUCGUUUUUUUCUAAAAAUUGAAUUUUUCGAGAUUUUUACAUCAAUCGAUAAGAAAUGACGUCAGAAGUCCAAAUAAGCACGUCAAAAAUUCCAAAAAAAAAAAUUUUUUUUCUCGAUUUCUAGGAAGUUAGGACCUUUAAAACCUAUUUUUUCUUGAUCCCUUUGAUCUUCUCUAUCGAUUGAUACUAUAUUUGACCGAUUUCCGAGGUUUCGAUUUCCAAGUAUGAUAAUAGCUUUGUUCCAAUUUGACCUACGGAUUUUUAGGUUAUUUUAAGUAAUCAUUUUCAGAUUAUCAUUUCAUUUUGAAAAUUCAUUUUUCCAGGCUGGAACCGCUUCCCUGCGAAAGAAGCCGAUCAAGUUCCUCUACUUGGUCGGGGCCGACGAAGGCAAAAUCUCGAGAUCCAAUCUGGAUCCGCAAGCUUUCGUCGUUUAUCAAGGUACCGAAACUGAUGAAAAAUCAAAAGAAAAGUUGGUAAUUACAGUUGUCUUACAGUAGACUUGUUAAGAAGGGGUAAAAUUUGCAAAAAAAUUGAAUUUUUUUCAAAAAAAUCUUCUGGAAGUAGUGAUGGUUGAAAAACUUUGAAGAAAGAAAGUAAUUUCAAAAAAAUUUUCGAUGUUUCCCUGAAAAAUUUUUUUAAUGCUUUAAAGGCACAGCUGAAAGAAAGCUACCGUAAUCCCAGCCGUUUUAAAACUGAAGGGAAAAUUUAAAAAAUUCGAGUGAAGGAAGGUGACAAGAAAAGAAAAUAAUUUGAAAAUUUUAAAAUUAUUUUUUUCCUGAAGAUUCAUGGUAUAUUUAAAGGCACAGGCUUAAGAAAAUAAUAAAGGGUCUCGAAGCGAAAAAUUCUAGGACACCACGGAGAGAAGGGAGCCGAACUGGCUGACGUCAUUUUGCCCGGAGCGGCGUACACCGAGAAGGAAGGCACCUAUGUCAACACCGAAGGAAGAUCGCAGAGGUUUAGAGAAAAAACGAAGUGACGUCAUAAGAUGAAGCGUAUGACCCCUCCAUCUUUUGCGCACUAUUUCGCGUACCGCGUCAAGAAUUUUCUCUAGUGAUGAGUUUCUUGCAAGCUUGUUAAGAAUAGUAGAUUUUCAAGAUAAUGGGCCCUGACGCGAUAAGAGAAGAGAGAGUGCCUGGUUAGUGGAGAGCCCAGACAGGCCACGCCCCCUUCCUAAGCUCGCCGUGAAUAGCAAAAAUCAACGAAAUAGGGCGAAAAAAAAAUUGGAAUUCAGACAUUUGUGAAGAGUUUUUAAGUAGAUUUUUAAAAAUCUGGAUUAUGGCCGUUUUUUCAAGAUUUUUUGUCCAAAUUUUAAUUAUCCUAAAGUUUCACCGUCUAUAGAAGCGGUACAGGAAAAAAAGAGAAAAAUAUUGAUUUUUUUGACAUAUUUUUUUCAAAAAAAGUUGGAUUUGAUGCCGAUUUUCUUUCAAAAUUGAAUUUUUUUAAAUGAUUACACAGUCGUUGCAGGAGUAAAAUAAAGAAAAAAAUGAUAGUUUUUUUGGCUUGAAAAUGAUGAAAAAAAGUUGGAUUUGAUACCGAUUUUUCAAGUAACUAAGGAUAAUACAGUCUUAUUUCUAAAUUUUAUGGCUCAAAAAUUGAAAUUUUUUUAAGCAAUUAUCCAGUCACCUGGAAGAGCGAUACAUGAAAAGAGAAAAAAAAAUUUUGGCUUGGAAAUAUUGAAAAAAGUUGGAUUUCAUACUUAUUAUUCAAGCGUUAUAUAGCCUUUUAAAAAAAAUUUACUGCUCAAAGUUCAAAUUUUCAACAAAUUAUAUAGCCAAUCCUGGAGAUGGUAUAGCUGGCAAAACUUUAGAAGGCAAAAUUUUGGUAAGGAAUUAUAGAAAAAAACUGGCUUUCAAUACUGAAUUUCUAGGAUAAAAGCUAUUUUUUUCAAGAUUCGUCGUGUUAUUUUCAAUUUCUCCAGAGGUUACCCGGCCGUCUCGCCGCCUGGAGAAGCCCGAACUGACUGGAAAAUCGUCAGGGCCGUCUCGGAGGUUCAUUCUUCGAAAUCUGGAUCUGUACCUGAAGAAAAUCGAUUUUCAGGUCGCUGGCAAGACCCUUCCCUACAAUGAGAUCAAGGAGCUGCGCGCCAGAAUGAGCGAGGUGAAAAAUUGGAUUUUUAGAAUGAAAAUUGAGAAAAUGUCUAGAUUGCCCCUCAUUUGGUCCGUUAUCGCGAUUUCGAGCCGUCGAGCUUCUCCAAACAAGCCUUGGAACUGGCUCAGGUUGGAUAGAGGGUUCAAAAAAAAUUUCAUAGCGGGGAAAAUUAAGGAAAAUCUAUAUGUUAAGAUUUUUAAUGUCAAGUGCAAUGACGUCAUUCAAGAAUACUCUGUGGAGGACUCGCUCUCUGAUUGGUUUAUCGAGCCAUUAGGGGCGGAGCUUGAGCGACCACUUGACAUUCAAAAUCUGAACAGACUAUAACGUUUCCACGGUUUUUAGAGAAAUUAGGCCUCAAAAAGAUGAAAAUACCUUGAUUUAUGCUAUAGUAAUGCAUAGGGCCUGUUGAUUUUCGAAAAAAAAAAAUGAAAAUAUCAAGUGAAAAUUGAGAAAAACGUAUAAAAGUUGGUUUUCUCCAUUUCCUACAGGAAAAUUUAGAAAACUGUUGGAUUAAUUUUUGAAGAAUGGAUAUUUUCAGUAGAGCACACAUGAACCUUAUCUUUGUGAAGAGAGUAAAAAUCGCCUUUAUAAGAUUUGAGUUUGUAUGAUUUUCGUUGUGGUCCUGAAUAUCUGCUUGAAAUUUUACGAAACUUUUUAUUUUUCAAGGAAAAUCCACCCAAAAGUCAUUUUUUCCAAGCAGACCAAACACUUUUCGAAAAUAUAAAGCCUCUUUUUUACGCUCUGUCAACGAGAAAUCCGCGUAUUGAUCUCAUUUUUUCGGUAUUUUUUAGAUAAAAGGUGGAAAAAGAUCCAGAGUUUAUACUUAGAAACUUUUGGACCUUUUUUUUCUAAGAUAUUUAGAGCUUUUGGGAGAUUCCAAGCUGUCUGAAUUUAUGAAUUUAUCAUGUUUUUUAAUCAUUUUAAUCAUUUUCAAUCAAACUAAUCAUUAUGAUAUUUUUUUGAUUGUCCAUUUGCCUUUUUCAAGUAUAUUUUUCUCCUUCAUAACGCAUAAAGUGGGCGGAGCCUAUCAAAAAGCUGCCGCUUCAAGAUGUAAAUGUCUUCUAGUUACUGUGAGAUCAAUACUAGGCUCCAGGAAUAAACUUGAAAUUGUUGUCAUAAGAUAUUUUUGAAAACUUCGUAGGGUGUACCUUGAAUAAAGAACCUUUAUGGCCACUCCAAAAUUUGACCUUCAGACGGGCUCGUCCUCGGAGAAGGAGCUGGUGCCCAAGCAACGCGACCUGCCCGACUAUUACCAGACGAACGUCAUCUCUCGCAACUCCCAACUCAUGGCCGCCACCAAGAGAGCUGCUCUCGAUGCUAGGGUAUGAUCAUGUUCCCUCUAAGCAUCAAAAAAUGAUAAACGAAAAAAAAAUUGAUGAAAUGGAUAGGUUAUGAUGUGAAAAUGGAAAAUGUACCAGUUGAACAAAAACAUUAAUUUUAGCUGUUCUGUUUCAAAACGUUGAAAAUGAGGUUUUUGAAACUUGGAUUGAUUUUGAGAGGAAUAGUCAGGAAAAGGCGCUAGGAAGGUCUUUUAGGAACCUUUUUGGAACCUUCUCCGAAAGUUACUUUUAGACUUUUCUCGUCUCUAUAGAGCUUUUGAAAGGUGUAGUCCUGAAAAAACAGUUAAAAAGACUCCUAUAGGGACCACUUGCGUCUCAGCGGUCAGACCCUGAACCCCUAUAAGGACCACUUGAGACAAUGUUGAUUUUAGCGAUUUUUCAUUACAGCCCUACUUCCUUUUUCGCGACUUUAAACUGAUUUUUUUCUCUGUUUCCUCCUCGUCUCUUGACGACCCUCUCAUUUUGACGCACUAUUUCCAUUUUUGACUGACCUCACCGCAGAGGGAACAGGGAGACGCAGACAGGCAGAAAGUUUCAAGUUGCGGUGAACGGACUAUACAUAGGCAAAGUCCAAGUGACCUUUUGAAGAGCUUUUUUCGAAAAUGCAAACGACAAUUCUUUCAUGCUCCUUUCUCUCAUAUUUUUAAUAAAAAGGACUUUUUUUGGCUUCACCUUCUUUUUUUAGCGCGUUUUUAUUUCGUUGAAAUAGGCUUUUACCAUGAAAAGACAGGAAAAGGGUAUAGGAAGGUCUUUUGAAGGCCUUUUUGGAACCUUCUUCAAAAGUUACUUUUGGACUCGUCUCUAUAGAGCUUUUGAAAGGUAUAGUCCUGAGAAGCAGCUAAAAAGACCCUUAUAGGGACCACUUGAGCUUUAGGGGUCACGCCCUAUAACCCUAGAGUGACCACUUGAGACUUAGUGGUCACGCCCUAAAACCCUAGAGGGACCACUUAAGUUGAAGGGGCUGAGGGGUCAAACCUGAAACCCCUAUAAGGGCCACUUGAGACUUAGUGGUCACGCCCUAUAACCCUAGAAGGACCACUUGAAUUUUACCCUUAUAUGAGACCCUGUUUUGUCCCUUCUAGGGGCUUUUUUCUUCUCUCUAACCCCUCUAGGGACCACUAUGACCUUCCUAAGUUCGUUUUUUGUAGGAAUAUUUCAAAAAUAAACAAGGCUCAGUUAUGAAAUUACUAAAUUUUUCAACUAAUAUUUAAAAUUCAAUGAAAAAAUACUGUAUAUACUGAGUGUCCACUAGAUUUUUCUCAAUUUUUCCUCUAAAAAUCGAUUUUUUCAGGAAAACCCCUACAUGGAGCCGGCGGUGACGCAGGCUGCGGCCCGAGCUUGA